UUUAUUUUAGAGCUCCUGGAUGCAUUUUAGGCCAGUUUCUGAGCUAAAAUAUUACUGAACAAGCUUCCACCUUGACUGUGGCGAAGCUUGAGUCACAAAGCCUUAGCGGGAGGCCAUGAAGUAAGCUUCAACAUUCCAUCAUAACACAAGCAGCAACCAUGGCCGGGCGGGCGCAUGUCGACGACUCUGUCAUUGAGAGACGUUUGCGGCCGAUUUACGAAUGGCUGGACACAGGAAACAACAAAAAGGCUGUGCAGGAGGCAGACAAAGUGUUGAGAAAGCAGGCCACCCUUCAUUGUGCUCGUGUACUCAAGGGUCUGGCACUGCUACGCAUGAGCCGACGAGAUGAGUGUGAAAAUAUUAUUUCUGCUGUUAUCAAAGAGGGACCGACAGAUGAGGCUACUCUCCAAGCUCUCACAAUUUGUUUUCGGGAGAUGCAUCAGCCCGACCAAAUAUGCAGAGUUUAUGAAAUGGCUGUUAAGACAGAGCCAAGCAAUGAGGAGCUGCUGUCCCAUCUCUUCAUGGCUUAUGUUCGGGUGGGGGACUACAAGAAUCAGCAGCAGACUGCUAUGAAGCUUUACAAAUUGAAGCCCAAAAAUCCGUAUUACUUUUGGGCAGUGAUGAGCCACGUCAUGCAGGCUCAUAAGUCAGGUGACCCAAAGGGUAAAGAAGUAAGCCUUUUAUUAGCAGAGAGAAUGGUGAACAAUUUUGUCAAAGAUGGUAAGAUUGAAGCAGAGGCAGAAGUGAUGACCUUUCUUCAUAUUUUAGAAACACAGGGUAAAUAUGCUGAGGCAUUGGCAGUUCUGGACGGGCCUCUCGCCGAGAAGGUGGUACACCAGCCACAGAAUUUCUUGGCGCUAAAAAGAGCCACUUAUCACUCCAAACUUUGCCAGUGGGAAGCAGCAGCCUCUGUUUAUAAGUCUCUCAUUAAAGAUGAGCCUGAAAACUGGCAACACUACGUAGAAUAUAUACGAGCAAUGAUGAAAUUAACAGAAACGGACAGAGGUGAAGAAGACCCUCUUGUGACAGCCUCUACAUUUCUCGGAAGUAUGAAACAGAAAGCAAUUGUAGAAAAGACAAAACAUAGAGGGCCUUUUUUAGGUUUACUACAGUUAGCAUUAGUGCUACAUCAACAUGGGAUGAGUGACCGUGUUGGUGAAUUAUGUGGUGAUCUUGUAGAAAUCCUUCAUCUGUAUAUUCAGGGGUAUGGGGAUAAAAUGUGUUGCUAUGGUGACAUCAUCAACUUCCUUCCACUUGUGCCAAAGGACCAGAUCUGUCUCUUCCUCAAACAAAUUAAGGAAAUUGUGCAACUCAGUGAAGAAGGUAUUCCAGUUAAUGUUGAAGCUAUCUAUCGCAAUCUAUGUUGGUCGCACCUUAGAAGAGCCUUAGGAGAGCAGGAAACUCUAACUCCGCAACAGCAUAUGGAGUUCUCGGAUACACUUGUAAAUUUAUAUAAAGAAACGUUACACCUCUCCUCACACAUGGCUGACACAGAUAUCAGACCAGGUGAUGCAUAUUUAAUCCUGGCAACACACAGUUACCUUAAGGCAGUGUCAAAGUGCGAUGGAACAAACAGCGACAUCGACCCCAGACACUUGAUCCUAAAAGUUGCUACCAUCUUGGAGCAUGGCAUAGACAUUUCUAAAGCCAACUUCCAGUUAAAAUUGCUACUUAUUAAAGUAUAUAAUAUGCUUGGUGCCACAGACGCCUCUCAAACAGUUUAUGAAAAAUGCGAUUUAAAACACAUCCAGUUGGACACUCUGGGUCACAUUCUAGCUCUGCAGGCCCUCGACUCUGCCAACUAUACAGUUGCUGCAGAAAUCUUCUCCUCUACGCUCAAGUUCUUCAUGGCCAACUACAAAGAUACCUCAGAUCCACUAAUAUCUUCAUAUAAAUAUGGAUCACUGACUAGAAUUCCUGAGUUUGUGGAAUUCAGAGAAAGAUUAAAUAAUUCCCUCCAUUUUGCCACAGUGACCGCUGAGCAGAUGCUGAUGGAGCUAACUCUGGAAAUAAGUUCUCACAGUCAGUUGGUUGAAGCACUGCAACAAAUGGACAUUGACCCAGCAACCGACAAGACCAACUGGGAGGAGUUACGUGACAAUCGUGACUUGCGAGUCAUGAACACCUGGGAGCCACUCAACAAGUGUUUGCAGGAGAGUGACAUAACAGCCAGCACUGCCGCAGAUAUAUCCAUGUUGAAGCUUCGUAAUGUAACAAUCAGAUUAGUGGGAGCUGCAAGCAGACUUGGUCAUUCGAAAAUAAGCAAUGAUCAAGCAUCUGCAAACAAAGAAAAUAGCGAGUGUCUGAAUGGUGAGGCAAGUCCAUCAGCUGAUGCGACACUAUUGGCAGAUUUGACUGCACGACUAGAAAAGGAAUAUGAAGAUUGCAGCAAAUACAGAAAUUGCAAGUCCCCUCAGCUUCCACUACAAGGUCCUGAUCCGUCCAGAAUAUACCUCUAUUCUUCAGGGAGUUAUAUCCCUGUCCUAGUCAAACAUGCACACGUGUUACAAAGGGUGCAUAGAUGUUCUCAUGACCCAACAGGUGUUGAAAGCCGGCCGAGUGAAAUCAUUAAGGAGGCACGUGAAGAAAUAGAAGAAUUGAUUACCUCACAUAUGCAACACUUAGAUGUCAUUCAAACUGUGACCCCAAAUAUUCUUCCAGGUGUAAACCCUCCUGCCUUCACACAUCUAAAUCACUUAGCACAGACCUUAGGCAUUAUUGCUAUCCUUUUAGGCUGCUGUUUUACCAUUCUUAAACCAAUUAAGGCAGCUGUGUCCAAGAGAAACAAGAAGAGAAAAGAACCUGUGAUAAUGCCAGAGGUGAUACCCCAGUUUGCCAACUUCAUUGCUUCCCUUACGUCCCACCUCCAGAAGUUAGAGAAAGCCACUACUGAGAAGUACAAGUUUGUCAAGUCAACGACAGAUGAAAACAUCCAUAAAGGUUAUUCAUCUGUGGACAUCAGUUGUGUCCUCACAAGUCAUGCUGAGGGAAAUGCAGUGUGUGAAAAAGUGGAACAAAGUUAUGUUAAGAUUUUAGAGAGGCUCUCCUAUUCUAUAGAAAAUAAAUUAAAAUAUAUCUCAUCUCUUAAACUUUAACAUGCAAUCUCAACUCAAGAGUCUAGAAUGUAUGAUUUUUAUAUUGUGUUUACAAGCCUUAAUUAUUGUUGAGUGGUUCCAGAUGAAAAGUAAAAUGCAAAUGUGUCUUAAAUCUUUGCAAGUCUCCAAUAAAUCUUGAGUUGUAAAGUCUGAUAUUGUUGGUCAAUGAAAAUUUGACAUGAUUUCAAGGAAGUAUAUUUGUUAUAAUUGAAUAAGGACUUCAUUAUUUUUAACGAGUUUUUCAGCAGCUGAAGUCUGUAACUAUUUGCUUGUUGAGUUUCAUUUUAAUAUAAUUUAAAUGUGAUUGUGUUGUUAUUUGGCCUUACAUUCUUUGUUACUCAUUUCACUACAUUGAGAUAGAUGCAGAAACUGUUUGAAGCAUUGUAAAAAAAAAAAAAACAUUCAGUGUUAUAAACAUUAGUCUCAUCAACUUCAGUUUUCAGUAUGUGGAGCAGCUACUUGUUUGGCCCUAGAGUAGCCCAUCAUUUGCAAGGACAUAGUGCAUUAUUUUUAUACGACACUUUAUAUUUCAUAUUUUGUGAUGCUUUAGGUGGAAAUAUUCGUUGUGUAACAUUUGGAGCAAUUCAGUCCUUUUAGUAUAUCACAGGUAGGUGCAAAGUUCAGCCCCCAACUAGACAGAAAGAAAUGGCUAUCUCUUAGAACCCAGGCUGAAUCUUUUGUUUUCAGGGCUCUGAUAUAAGCUGUCUCUUCCUACCUUGGGGAAACUGUCUUGCAGAAAUGUGAAGCAUAGCAUACAUUAUGUCAACAAAAACAUUGUAAUUUUCAUGUGGAUUGGAUUCUUAUAAUUUUACAAAGAGUUCUUCCAGGUGAUAACUGUAGGUCUCUAUUUUUUUAAAUAUAAUAUAAAUUUCACUGUACUGUGAGUGUUAACUGAGAAUUGAAAUGGAACUGGAUAGUUACUAGUGCACUGGAAAAAGAUGCCAAUACAAUAUCUGUAUCUACUUACAUUUCCACCCAUAAUUUUAUUACUCAAAGCUACUUGUGUGGGUGCACACACUAAAAAUGAUAUUCUUUCAACUAUAUAUGAAAUAGUUUACAGAAAAAAAUAUUCAAAUUUUAUAACAUUGCAUUUAAAAAUUUAUUUGUAUUCUCAUCAUUGUAUUUGGUAUUGCAAGUAAAAACUUGCAUUAAUACAAGGAAGCACAUCUUCAGGGCUAAAUACAUUUGUAUAUAUUGCAUAUUAAAGUGAUCCUUUUA